AAUUAAUUAUUGUUUAUAUACAAAUUUUUAGUCUCAAUACAGUUUUUUGGUAUAAUUAUAUACAUAAAGUUGACUAAUAAUUGUUGGCAACAUCAGCUGACUGCUAUUUAUUUAAACUACAACUGAAGUACUAUUACUGUAUGCAGUAGCAACAAACUGCACUCACCUGCCAAACCUUACACUAUAAAAACAAACACAGCAAUCAUGGCCACUGCACAAGACAUCCUAAAUAAACAGAUUGGCAUAGAGAAGGUGCUUGGGUCCUGGAUGGAGGACUACGAGCGGAGGCUGAAGGCUUCUAGUACCCCGGAGAAGACGAAGGAUCUCGACAGCCUCACUAAGGACUUUGAGGCAUUCAAAAAGUCAGUGAUGGACAUCUUGCGCUUACUCCAAGACCAAGUUGUUGGCCUUAUGCAGCAGGUGGACGAGCUAGACUCUCAGAGUCGACGCAAGGUCUUGCUCUUCUCUGGCAUAUCAGAAGACCCCAAUGAGCACCUUCCUGGUGUAAUCUCUAACAUUGCUGUGGCUAAGCUGGGGAUAGCUGACUUCCAAGAGUCUUCUAUGCAGCAGUGCAUAAGAUUGGGUGCACCAAACUCCAAGCGACCGCGUCCCAUUCUUGUCAGACUAGCCAGUAUGACCACAAAGGCAACCAUUUGGUCCAAGAAGAAGUGCCUUAAGACUAGCUCAGUGGUGGUCUCGGAGUUCUUGACCAGGACAAGGCAGGAGCUGUACAGCCGCAGUCGCAAGCACUUUGGCAUCCGGGCGUGCUGGACGGCCAAUGGGGCCGUGUAUGUAAAGCUCCCUGAUGACAGCCGCGUCAAGAUCGUGUCGGCGGCGCAGCUGGACGAGCUGUGCAGGAAGCAUCCUGCAGCAGCUCCGACGACCACGGCGGCCGCGAAGGCACCCGGUGACAAGGCUUCGUCUAAGCCCAGCAAGCCGGCUCCCUCGGCCGCGGCACCCGUGACGCGAAGUAAGGCUACUGUGUUCAAGGACAAGCGCUAAUAUGUGUUUUUCAGUGUCUAAUUAUUAAGUUUUUCAGUGUUCUUUUUUCGCACUUUAGAUUGGAGGUAAUUAAUUAUUGUUUAAAAUGAUUCCACCUUCAAUUUCAUAUUUCUUAUUGUGUUUGUUUUCAUGUGUCAAAUCAAAUUGUCAAUGUCAC